AUGCAAUAUUUAUACAGAAAAUUAGUGUUGUUAGUUGUUCCCAUCAACGGCGUAAAACAGAAUAGAACAUUUGCUUUGAGCCUACACAAAAACAAACACGUUAUUGACCGAUCUCGAGUACCAGUUUUAAAUGAAAACGACUUGGAGGAAACUUGUGUCAAAGGCAGUGGUCCCGGUGGAUCUGCGGUAAAUAAAAAUUCCAAUUGCGUCGUACUGAAACACAAGCCCACCGGUAUCGUCAUUAAAUGUCACGAAUCCAGAUGUGUGGACGAUAACAAAAAGCUGGCUAGAGAGAAGUUAAUCAAUAAGUUAGAUAUAAUACAAAACGGUGAUCAAUCGAUUGAAGCGCAAAAAAAAUCCGUACAAUCGAAAAAAAAUGCCAAUAAAGAAUGGAAACGUAAAAAAAUGGAAGCCUUAAAAAAAGACUGGAUGUCAAGAGAACUGGAAAAGUAGUUUCAAGCCAAUGCCUGCGUGUUUUCCACAUUUUUUCAUUAACAUGAAACAAUUAUCAUUAGGUAUAUGUGAUAAAAUAUUUAAUUAACCUUAAAUGUUUACCAAUAAUUUUGUUUUUAACUUGAAUAGCUUAAAAGAACUUGUUGUUUUUGUUUUAAAAAUUAAGCUUCUAAUAAGGCUUCUAGGCCAUAAGUAUACAGAUAGAAAAGUUUACAAUUUCGUUAAUACCAUACAACGUAUUGAUGGAUAUCGGAUACUUAUGUUACAUGACAGUGUAUGGAUUAUAGUUUUAUACAUGUAAGGCUGAGGAAUUUAUUGAUUUUUUUGUCAACUCGUUUAAAGUAAAACAUUUCAUUAUUAUUAUUAUUGUUGAGGGAAUUUUACGUGGUAUAUCGUAAUAAUACUGAAAUAAAGAUUUCUGAAGCAUCUGGGUAAUUUAAAUUGAUAAACUAUCCA